AUGGGCUACAACUUGCCUGCGGAGAUGUUCUCCGAGUGGGCAAUCGGAGGAAUUGUUAUUGCUGUCCGCUUGUAUGCGCGGUGGAAAGUUGGAAAGGGCAAAUUUGACUGGGAUGAUCUUUUCUUAUCAUUUGCCACGAUCUCUUGGACUCUCCUUGUUGUGACCCUUUACCUUUGCACAUCGGUGCACAAGUCGAAUAUUGGACUCAGCGAGGAAACAGCGAUGGAAGUUCCAAAUGAUAUGAUCUCUGAUUAUCGCUCAGGCUCCAUCGACGCCUUCAUCGCUUGGAUCUGUUAUAUUGCCGUGGUCUGGUUGUUCAAAUGGGUUCUUAUGUUUCUGUACAUGAGGAUUACCAAAGGGCUCUGGGAACAUCGUCUCACUAUCGCUGUUGCAGUUUUCUCCGUUAUGACCUUCGUGGCGUCAAUGCUGUUGCAUCUUUGUAUUUGUCACCCUAUUCAAAAGAAUUGGCAGAUAAAGCCAUACGCUGGUGAUGAUUGCACGUUACGACCCCUUAACUACAUCAUCAUCGAUACCCUCAGUAUCUACCUAUACCUCUCGUCGUCAAAGCAGGAAUUGCUCUACGGCAAAAGCUAUUACUAUGUGUCCUAUUUUCGUCGGGAAUAUUCGUCAUGGUCGCCCGCGGUCCUACGAGCCUACUACUCAGUCAAGGAUAUAUCCACCUUAUCCACUGCCCUAGGCUGGGCAUCUCGAGAAUCAAUUGUCUCCGCGUUGACAGUCUGCGCGCCAGGAAUCAAACCGCUUAUCAGCAGCUCACGCUGGUUCUCGACCAACACCAACAGUGGUAGCACAUCUGCAGGUUUCAGCAGCACCUUCAAAGGCAAACGGAGUAGUGUUUUCCCUGGAUCGGAAAGUCACGCCGAAGACAAUAACGCUCUACACCCGUAUGAACUCUCCUCUUCUUUAGCCUGGAGCAAGCCCCGACCUGAGUCGAGGGGUGAGAGUCAGGAACAUAUUGUUUUGCAGAGCAAAACGAGCACAGAGCUUUCCCAUUCUCCGCCAAACGACAAUGAGAUCGUCGUGACUACGGAUGUCACGCUACCAGAGGCAUAUAUGCCAUAA